GGCGUGAGCUGGCCCCAGAGGAGAGACAGCAGUUCACGGACGCUGUUCGGUGUCUGCAGAGCAUUCCAACCACUCUAUCAGCUGAUCUUCGCCAGAUUUAUCCCGGGAUACACACUCGGUAUGACGAAUUUCUGGCCACACACAUUAAUCUGACCAGUGUUAUCCACAUGAAGGCGGACUUCCUUGCCUGGCAUCGGUAUUUCAUCCACACGUUUGAGCAGGAUCUCAAAUCCAAAUGCGACUACGCGGGAUCCCUUCCGUACUGGGAUUGGGGAUUGGACGCCGAGAAUCCCCAGCUCUCCGUGCUGUUCAAUGGGGACGAGUAUAGCAUGGGAUCGAACGGGGUGUUUAUACCGAACCGAGAUCCGGCAUACUGGCCCUCCAUCAAAGAGUACAUCCCAGUUGGUACGGGCGGAGGGUGUGUGUACGAGGGGCCCUUCUCGAACUAUACCAUCAACAUGGGUCCGAUUGAUGGCGCGGGCCAAAAGCCAGUGAACUACCGCUUCGAGCAUCAUCCACACUGCCUCAAACGUGAUAUCAACCCAACUGUCACACGGUCCGCCGUGACCUUUCGUCAUAUCACAGAGUUGAUCCUGUCCUAUGAUACCAUUGACUGGUUCCAGGGCGUGAUGCAGAGAGAUCCUCGGUUUUCUGUUCCCUCGGUGCCGUACGGUGUUCAUCGUGGCGGGCACGUUGGCGUCGGUAUGGUCAUGGGAGAUGCAGCUGGUAGCCCUGGCGAUCCCAUGUUCUAUCUGCACCAUGCGCAGAUUGAUCGAGUGUGGACCAUCUGGCAGGGACUGGACCUAGACAAGAGAAGGCAUGCCAUCUGGGGCACGCACACCAUCGCCGACACGCCCCCGACGGCCAAUAUGACGUUGGACGAGAUGAUUCAUUUUGGAUUUGCCGCUGAGCCGGUGAAAUUCCGGGACCUGAUGGAUACGCUUGACGGGCCAUUUUGUUAUUAUUAUAGUUGAAUACGCCAGCACUACAGGACGGAGAAUGCACAAUAGAU